AUGUUCAUGAAACAGUACAACUACAAGCCCCGCUCAAACAGCACCUCGUCCCAGGGCUCCCAGUCAGGUUCCCCACCCAAGGAGGAAUCCAAGCCCGCCACCCAGAAGCCUGCUAGUGUGUCCGAGGCUGCUGGUGCCGUCAGCGCUGGGAUUGCCGGGCGGAGACGUUCAUCGGCAGCCGGCGCAGAGAAAUUUGCAGGCUUAAACGCCUACAAGCGCAAUAGUCAGGACGAGAAGAGAGCAGGAUAUCAUGAGCAGAAGGUUGGAGGUGGCGGAAUCUUGGGUGGCAUGUGGCAUGACUUUACGAAGAAGUGA